AUGUUACAAAACAGUGAUAAAUGUAUCUCGUUUUUGCUGGGCGUCGCUGUGUUGGUGCACCUACUAAACGUUGCCCGUUGUGAUGAGCCCAGCAAAUUGCAGCGAAAACUGACUACUACAUUGAAUCCGGGAUGCAGAGAUUACUGCGAAAAUAAUAAUGCGAUUACGCUGGUACACAUUGCGGCCACGUCGGACACCGAUACGAUUCAUUAUGUGUGGGAUUUUACUGGCAAACCUACGAUUCUGGUGGCAUUAACGAGCAAAGAGGCUAAAUUCCACAUCGAUUGGCAGCGAUUGAUAGAUAGCAAGGCGGGCUCUGCGUACUUUACCGAAGUUCCACAAUACACGUUUAUGGCGAUUAUCAACCGGAUUUUUCAGUACGAUGAUGCGCACGAUCGCGCUAUGCUGGAUGAUGAUUCGAAUGUGUUUGUUUACGAUCCACACAACUUCAUCUGGAACCGCAGCUUGCUGUGGUCAAACGAACAGGACGCUAUGAUGGCAAUCAAUGCGGGCGAUGAUUUCCUUUUCAAGUUAAAUGCAUACUCAACGAAAGACCAUGGAAUGGACUUCCCCCAUCUUCUGCACACAUCGAAUUCCACACAGAUCGAUAUCGUGUUUAACAACAUCACCAACCGUUUCGCGAAUCCGCGCUUUGCGAUCGAGCUGCUAUUUGUCGUAUCGGAACAAGCCGUCGUCGGUUCGGAGUUUGAGGUAACGAAGCGCAAAACGCUUGACGACGAACAUACGCCGGGCAUAUUCGAGAUCGUGGACGUACUGUCACCGGGUGCUUUCACCUUUUCGGCCGGCGGUUACAUAGAGUAUCGCCCCGUGUCUUACACACACCCCGAGCGAGAUGUCGCCACAUCGACUGAAACGCGCCAAAGCCAACCGGUUACUGUGCGGUCACCGACGGCAGCACUACAGACGACCCUUGCCUACGCUCUGUACGGUACCAAGCUGGACAGCUUCCUGGUGCAGGGCAUGAACGUUUCGUUUGGUGUGAGCGAGGAUGGAUUCUAUCGCAAGACAAACUAUACUACCAUGACGUUCCAGGUCGGGUAUGGGAUACCACCGGUCGAGGAGUUGUCCGCGUUUGUGCUGAUCGUGGCGGGCAUUGGUAUUGGUGUGCCACUGGUUGUGUUAAUCGCGAGCAUGAUCUACGUUUGCGUCAAGAAGCUUCGCAACCGGGACCGAUUCCAGCAGCAGCGACUGUAA